CCAAUUCCUCAAUUCCGCGAGUCACGCGCGCAUCCUGGAAAUGAGGAGCUUUUUUCAAGCUGACGGCUCCAACAGCAACCCUUGAACGGUCUUCCAGCUUCAGAACAUUUCACUGCCCACCGCUCUCGCCCGCCCCCCGCAGUUCAAAGCAAUGUCCCAGCCAAGAGUCCUCUGCUUCGGCUCCGUCAACGUCGACGACGUCUUUGUCGUCCCGCACAUUGUCCUCACAGGCGAGACCAUCGGCUCCUCCGCCUACGCCGUCCAUGCCGGCGGCAAAGGCGCUAACCAGAGCGUCGCUUUGGCAAAGGCCGGCGCAAAUGUGCACCACGCAGGCCGCAUCGGCAAAGACGGCGUCUGGGUCUCCGACCUCAUGCGCACCCACAACGUCCAAACCUCCCUCCUUACCGUCGACCCCACCCACCCAACCGGCCGCGCCAUCAUCCAAGUCAGCAGCGCCACCAACGACAACGCCAUCGUCCUCCUCCCAGGCACCAACCACCUCCUGACCCUCGCGGACGCCGAUGCCGCCGUCGACGCCUUCUCCAAAGGCGACUGGGUCGUUUUGCAGAACGAGAUCAACGUCGAUGCCGCAAACAGGGUCUUGGAGAAAGCGAGCGCGAAGGGGCUGGUGGUGGUCGUCAACCCGGCGCCGUGUCCCUCCGAUUUCGUGGAGAAGGUCAAAGUGGAGUAUGCCCAGGUGCUGGUGCUGAACGCGUCGGAGGCCGCAUCCAUCGCCAAGCAGAUCAGGGAGAGGGAGUUGAAAACGGCCACGGAGAAAACAGUCGCAGAAACAACAGCGACCCAAUCCGACUCGGACAUCGGCGCUGCCGCCGCUUCCCUCCUCCUCACAACCCUCCCCAACCUACACCUCGUCAUCAUCACCCUCGGCGGUGACGGCGCCCUCGCUUCCUUCCGUCGCCCCAACACCGCAGACACCACACUCGAAACCGUCCGCGUCCCCGCCCUCUCCAACGUCAAACUCGUCGACACGACCGGCGCCGGCGAUACGUUUGUAGGCUACCUCCUCGCCGCGCUGGUGAAGAUGAUGGGCGAGAGGCGGAUCGGGACGUUGCAGGAGCUGUUGGUGGGUGAGAAGGUUAUUGGCGAGGCGUUGAGUGUUGCGACGGCUGCGGCGGGGAUGGCGUGUGAGGGUGAGGGGGCGAUGGAAAGUAUUCCGGGGUGGGAGGAUGUUAGGAAGAGGAUGCAGGUGGUUUGAUGCGGUGGGUUGGCUGGUGGUUGCGUCAGAUAGAAGGAACUCGCGCCUGCUGGAAGCCCAGAGAUCGGCGUGUUUAUUUGCUCUGCGGUGGAUGUCUGGCUGGGCACAUCUAUUCAAUCACAUUGAGGAGGAACGAGACACAUCUACAUAGGCUACGAACCAUAUA